CUUAAACUUCAAGAGUCCAGACAAACAAGGUCACCAAACAUUCAGAAGAUAGAUGAUUUAGGACAUUAAAAUCAGUAAAUACAUAGUUUGGAUACACAGGUCUGUGAUUUCGCUUCAUUUCUGUUUCUAGGAUGCAAACCUUAGUAAUAUUUCAGGAAAUAGAUUCAAAAUUACAAUGUAAAGUUACUGUUCCAAGUCGGAUUGCUUUUGAAGUCUAAAUUCAAGGUGUCAGAUAUUCAAAAAUGAAAGCAAAAUCCUUGACAAGCCUUCUGAUCUAUGAUGAUACACGACCUCUGGUGAAAAUAGCCAUCAACUCAGGCACCAGCUCCUUGUCAUCAUGGUUCCUCACAUACCUGUUUAAGAACAACUCAUCGGUACAUACUAAAACAGACGACAUUACUUAUACUUUACACUUUUUCUUAGAGCAAAUUAUUGUUGAGAUACCAAAUUUAUUCUUACUUUUAAUCCAUUAUUUUUGGGUGUUGGAUCCGAGAUCCACAACAGCUCCAUACCCCAUCAUGAGAUGGGCAAUGGAUAUUGUCGGCCCACUACCCCGGUCUCGCCAAAAGCCUUACAUCCUGGUUAUGACUGACUAUUUCACUAAGUGGGUGGAGGCCGAGUCAUACGUCAAAGUUGAAGCCGAGCAUGUCCGACAAUUCGUCUGGAAAAACAUCAUCUACAGACAUGAACUCCCAUAUGAAAUCGUCGCUGACAACGGCAACCAGUUUACAUCACGUCUGUUCGAAGACUUUUGUGCAAAGUGGCGCAUUCGUUUGAAUAAAUCGACUCCGCGUCACCCCCAUGGCAAUGGACAAGCUCAAGCAUAUAAUAAGAGAAACGUUGGAUGUAUUUAACCUGGAAAAGGAGGGACAAAAUCUAGCAAAAGCAGCUCAUCUCGUGCCAUGGCUUCUGUGGAGAAUCUGGAAGAACCGUAAUGAACUGAUCUCUAAAGGGAAAGAAUAUAAUGCCCAGGAGGUUUUGACCAAGGCCAUGGAAGAUCAGGAGGAAUGGGAGAGAAGAGAAGCAGAAGCUAAUGGUCCAAGGUGCCCACCAAAUCCCCCAGCCCGAGAGACAAGGGAGGCAGUAAAGUGGAAAAAGCCUCCACAAGGAUGGGUAAAGUGCAACACUGAUGGGGCAUGGUCGAAAGAGGGAAACAGAUGGGGGAUUGGCUGGGUCCUAAGGGACAAUCAGGGCAAAGUGUUAUGGGUCGGAGCAAGGGCUCUCCCGAGAACCAGAACAGUGAUGGAAAUGGAGACAGAAGCAUUGAGAUGGGCGGUCUUAUUCAUGAGCAGGUUAAACUACCAAAACAUCAUCUUUGAAUCGGAUGCCCAAGAACUAAUUAAGUUGCUUAACAGUGGAGAAGGGUGGCCUCAUUUAGACCCUCAGCUACAAGAUAUUAGAUCUCUGCUUCCAAACUUCAACGAGGUCAAGUUCGUGUUUUCAUCGAGAGAGGGGGACAAAGCAGCAGAUAGAGUGGCGAGGGAAUCUUCUUCUCUAGAGAAUUAUGAUCCUAAGGUGUACUCUAUUAUGCCAAAUUGGUUAAAAUCCAUUGUCGAACUAGAUAUGGAGAUGUAAUAUUUUGGUUAAUGCAAAGUUUGAAGUUGAGCCAAAAAAAUAAAAAUAAACAGUUAUCGGUAGGCCGAAGCAAUCAGGAAGAUUCUGGGCCAAGACUCUAGCAGAAAAAAGAAAGAAGAAAACUUUCAAACAAAGAAACACUUUUGGGCUGUGUACGAUCGAAUUGCUUGGAAAGAUUACUUUCAGCGAAAAGCAAAACUUUGACAAGGGCGAUUGUAUGAUGCAGAUUGCAUUUGUAAACAACCCUGUAUGCUCCUAAUCCGAUCUAUAGAUCUUCAGAGAAUGAUGAAGUUGCGGUACUGAUUUCUUCCCAAAGUGAACUCCUCUUGGUAUUGCACCACAAGGGAACUUCAACGAACUUAUCCUUCUCUUUGGAUUCGCGGGUUGCUUUCAUCUGGGUUCUCUUCUCUGUGCGGCCGCUCUCUCUUCCCUUGUCUUGUGCUCAAACUUGUGUAUUUCAUUUACUUCCAACUCCUUCGUUUCAUGCCCUUUUUAGCGUUAACUCUUGGAAGUUGAGUUCAUUUAACCGAAACCAUUAAGGGGACAGAUUUAUUACACACACAAACGUAGCUAAGAUGCAUCAUAUCCAAAUUUUUCAGAGAUUUUUCAAGUCAUAACAUAAUGCUGCUAGUGUUGAGC